AGUAGAAUGAGCGAGUUGUUGAACGUGAUUCUACCUGCUGGUCAGGUAAGCAGAAGCACCAACCACAUGAAAUUCAUCCUUUCAACUGUAAAUUACCCACAAGCAAGAAAUAAAGGAAAGAGAGAUCUCAUCCCACCCCAUAGGGAUUAUUAGUGUAGAAUGUCAGAAGGCGAAGCGGAAUCAAACAAAGCAGAUGCAGCUCUUCAGGCAUUUGGAUUUAAGCUUGAAUUGGUGAAUGGAGAGUGUGUUUCAGGACGCUUUGUAGUCACAGAAAGGUGUUGCCAGCCGUUCAAGGUAUUACAUGGAGGGGUGUCUGGUUUGAUAUCAGAGGGUCUGGCCAGCAUGGGAGCACACAUUGCGUCAGGGUUUCAGAGGAUUGCGGGGAUUGAGCUCAAUAUCAAUCAUCUGAGGGCUGCAGCUUUAGGAGACCAUGUGUAUGCAAAGGCCACACCCAUUGUUGUUGGGAAAAGACUCCAGGUAUGGGAAGUGAAGCUGUGGAAGAUUUGGGAGUGUGAUAAGUGUGUGAUCGCAGUUUCAAGGGUGACAUUUUUAUCAGGUAUGGAGGUUCCUAAGUCUGCAUCCGAUGCUGCUGACGCCAUCAAAAGGUUAGCCAAGUUAUGACUGUUCAAGGGAAGGAGGGAGGGAAUGUUGUAUUACAUCACGCCAUUAAUUCCCCAAAUUGCGGUGAAUAUGUAUUAACAGUCUGCAAUGUGAUGCUUCUCUCAAAUUUGACAUUUUUCAAUCUUACCACUAAAUCAUUAUAUAAUCUUUGUUUUGCUAAA